CACAGCUUUCUUUUAUCUUAAAUGAGUCAUCAGCUUGGCUCCAAAAUGCUCGCUGCCUUAUCAAGAUCUCAGAUAAUGUCUUUAUUUCCAGCGCACAUUUUCUCAGUAACCUCUGCAACCGUCCAUCCUGUUUUGACUUUGAUCUCAGUGAGAAGAGCAUGCUGGAGGACGUUUUAUAAUAAUAGAUAAUAGGUCUUGACCUGGUGAAAAAAAAAAAAAAAUCAAGUCAACAUGAGGUAGACAGGAAAUAAUACCCUUCUGGUGGCAAACGUUUGAACAUCCGAGUGACGUAACUCAAGCAAAACACGUCUUCGAGUGGAGGGGAACUUAACAUAUGAGGGAUUGAAGGUUCUGUAGAAGAAAUACAGCACUUUGGAGUGUUUAACAUAAUGGAGACUUUGACUUACAGCAUACAACAUAAAAUAAGUCUGCAGCUUGCUGUUUUUUGAUCAUUUUGGAGUUUUGGCAUAUUGGCAAUGAAUAUGCUAAAUACCCCAAAUCACUCCUCUCUUCAGUCAUUGACCCCCAAUAUAUGUUAUUGUAUUAUUGUGACAUUUAUGUUAAGAGAGUCACUUUGAAGAAAAAACAAGGCACACAUUAGCACACACAAACCACGUCAGUAAAAGUCACAGGUUGCUCUGAAAGGGUCCAAAUGACAAGUUUCAGUUCCCCCGAUGGGAUGAGAGUUUUCCCAAGUAAAGGAAAGCAGAACAGGCCUGAGAUCUGGUCCAGUUUUUUUAAGCUGAGAAGAUAAUGCACAUUUAGUGAUCCCUUCAUUGGAGUCCGACCUCCUGCUUCAUGACUCCUGGUCUAGCAGGUCUAGAUAGAAGUAAAGAAUUGUACAUCAGCCUUGCUUACUGUUGUUGUUCUAAUCAUUUGUUUCUUGCGUAAUCUGUAAAGCUCUUUGAAAAUUAACUCUUGUGUACAGUAUUUUUUCGAGUGUUUAUUGCCAAGAGAAUUUUUAAUUUAUUUGCUGUUAAAUGUAAAUUGGGUUUUCGCAUUGAUUGGGAUGUUUCCUUUUUCUUCCUAUAUGUGUGUGCUGAUUAAAUGAUGACAGUUGACAGAAUAAAGCAAAAAGCCAAUGAAUACAUGUGUGUCACGGUUUGGGUUCAUAGGUCCUGUUUUAUUUUGUAGUGUCAUGUCUCUUGUGUCCCUUGGGGUAACUUCACUUCCUGCCCCCUCCUGUCUUCACCUGUGAUUGUCUGCAGUGUCGAUGAUUGUUUCCACCUGUGUCCAAUCACCUGCACCUUACCUGUGUAUUUAAGCCAUGUCAGUCUCCUGCAUUUGUGUCGUGUCUUUGGGUUGUUGUUUUUUUUUCCUCUCGAAGGUCUUUGGAUUUUUUGAGUUUUGGACUUUUGAUUUAUUUAAAAAGGGUAAUUUUUCACCUGAAACUCUGCACGCACCGCCAUGUGUUUCCGCACGUGGCGUGAGAGGCCGCCGAGCGGCGCCCUUCGCAGUCACCGGACCCGGCUGACAACCCGCACACCGUGGGAGAUGGUUCGCCACUGCUCUUCCACCACCGCCGCCGCCGCCGUCGUCAUCAAAACACCAAACGAGGAAACCUUUUUUGUAGGAUGGUGUUUAUUCCUUCCAGUGGAGAGGAAGCCUGCCGCUCAAACAGAAAUGUCUUUUGACGUGGUUGAUUCAUAAAACCCCUCAAAAAACUUGAUCCCCUAAACAGCAGUGAGGCAAAACGUCUCGAUUCACCAGAAAGGUCACACGUUUUGCCCCGUAUUAAUCACCAAGAAAUAAUGACACACAACAAAAAACAACCAAAGCGCAGCUGACAAGAACCAAAGAAAAAAAGGUUAAAGAAGAGAAAAAAAAAACCACUGUGACGACUGAGGUCUGACUUCCCGUGAUGUAACCAUUGAUAAGUUUAAACUCCGUUCCAUCUGUCAUUCACUGUCUGAGACUUCAGCAGUGUGAUGGUCACGUGCAGUCAUGAAGUGUCUGCAGCUCCUGUUGCUGUUGUGUUGCUGCAGCAUCCAACGACUGAGCAGCUGCAUCACAGUUAAUGCAUCCUGUUCGUCGGCCUAUUGGAAAGCGGUCCAUUGUGCCUUGGACACCACUGGUGAUCCUGUGGGGUCCAACACCACCUACAGCCUGAAUUUCAGUCUGUUGGACAGCGAUGAGAGAUUCUCCUGUCCGCUCCUGAGGACGGACCGCGGCUACAGCUGUUUGUGCGUCAUGGGUCAGCCGCCGGACGACCUCUUCAGCAGUGAGGAUGAAUAUGACAUAGAACUUUGUCAUGGAUCUGUCUGUUGCGGCGUAAAAAAGGCAUUUACACCUGCACAGAACAUCCAGCUGACGGCGCCGCAUCGACCCGAGGUGCAGGAGACGCCAGAGGCCGCCGACAUCACUUGGAAAAGUGGGUAUGAACAACACCGAUACCUCAAGAAUGACAUUGACUACAGGCUCCUACUUCAGACAUCUGAUAGCGCCGAGGCCAAACCUUCUGAGCUCAAUUCACCCAACAGAUCUGUAUUUAUUUUAAAGUCUCAAUUAAAUCCUCGCACUACAUAUUGCGUUAAAGUGAAAUCUAAACCGCAGAAUAAGGGAUAUAGAGCGGUCUGGAGUGAGUGGAGUCCAUCGACGUGCUGGAAAAAUGAAGGAGGAGAAGAAGAAGACGACGAAGAUAAUAAGUUAUUCAUUUUGAUCACUCUGGGCCCCGUGUGUCUGGCUGUUGGGGUCAUGCUGUUUGUACUCAACAAGCCCGCAAUAAGAAAGAAGAUACGAUCUCUGUCCCACACACCGACGCCAGCGCCUUUCUUCCAACCUUUAUUUCAACAACAUGGAGGCGAUCUCAAGGAAUGGCUCCAGCCCAAAGGCGGGUUCGCACUGACGUACAAAACCGAGGAGAUUCUGGCUGGAUUCGAUGCCGUGACCGUGGAGCCCAAACCCGCCACGAAGGACCCAGAGGAGCUGCGCGUGUUCUCCGACCCGACGGCGCACCUGGCCCUGGCGCAGUGUCACACCUCCUAUGUGGGCUUACCCGGGGUGCACGAGGCCACUGCGCCCUUGGUCGCGGUCUGUCCGGGGGGGGCUCCUUACACCCGGCUCCACUGCUCUCUCUGGGGGGUCCUCGCCGCCGCCGCCGAGGAGGAGGAGGCGGAGGUCGUCUCCGCCCCGCCCGAAGAUUUCCUCGACGUCAGCAGCGAGGACUCCGGCUGCAGUUGUGCGGAUCCGACCCAGAGCCCAGAGAGCAGCUUUCCGAACAGUCCCGUGGCGGACUGCCCCCCGCCGCGUGUCUGUGUUGAUUACUGCAUCCUCAACAAAACGGCAGGAGGAUUUGUUCCCGUUUUGCUGUCCCAAGGGGGGGGCAGCCUAAAUGUUUCCACCUGAUUCCCUGCAGGAGGAGUAACACGUGGUCAGUUGGGUGGUACUGGACAGGCACGUGCACCCUCAGGUGCUGCAAGUUGUCUCUUCCAAGCAGCGCGUUUUCAUUUAGCCAAGUGCAGGUUUUGUGUGUCUGUGUCUUUUCCGGUUUUAUUUUGUAGUUUCGUGCGUCUUGUGUCCCUGGGACAGCUUCACUUCCGGCCCCGACUGUCUGCCGCGUCCCGGACUCCCCGGUGUAUCUAAACCAGGUGUGUCCCUUGUCAUUGAGUUGUCUAUGUCGGUUUCAUGGUGAAUAGUGAGUUUUUGGUUUACUGGGCAUUUUUGUCGCUGUUUGGCCUGUAGACGUCGGGAUGUACUUGGGUAAAUGUACUUACUUGGAUGAAUGCUUAUGCUACAUUAUUAAAUGCUUACAUUUGUAAAUAGUAAUUUGGCGCUGUACUAAAUGAAUUGAGUUAAUAUUUCCAUUAUUGCGAAUAAAUGUAUCUGAGAUUCUAUUUUGAAAUGAGUUUUUUGUGAAUAAAUCUAAAUAAUGAUUAUUAGUAAUAUUUUAGUUAUCAAUAACCUUUGCCUGACGUGAUGGCUGUGCAUAUUAAUCCUUCUGCUUCAUAUCACAGUUGUGAUAAGCUUCCCGAUUAAAGUAGUUUGUAUCAUUACCUACUGGUUCUUUAGUCG